ACAAACUCCUAAGUAAAUCAAACAAUGUAAUUUUCAUCAAAAAUUAUAAAAUAUUCUCAAAAUGUAACAAGGAAAUACCAAAUUUAAAUGCAGUUUUAAUCACUAGAUUGGCAUUUUGUAAUUUUUAUUUGAGUGCAUAAACUAUCCUUCUUACCACUCCCGAUGUUGGGUAAAAAUUACAAAAUGUCAAGAACUCCAAGAAGCAAGUCAUAUCCAGGGAGCCUAUCAGACGCCCUAGGCGUACAAUGGGCGCCACGAGACCUGCCCAUGGCGCGGCGCCUCCAGACCCUCGGCGCCAUCGGAUGGAUCAGCCUGGUGCUAUUCGGGGAAGCCUUCGCCAUCUACCUGUUCUUCAAGCUGCUGUACUCGCAGUACUGGUGGCUCGCCAUCAUUUACUCCGUGUGGAUGCUGAGGGACAUUGACACGCCGGCUAGAGGGGGACGCACGUUUGAGUGGGUAAGAAACUGGGCCUGGUGGCGUUACUACCGCGACUAUUUUCCCCUCAAGCUCGUCAAAACGGCGAACCUGGAUCCUUCCAGAAACUAUCUCCUCGCAUGUUUCCCACACGGCGUUGUCUGCACCGGGGCCUUCGGGGCUUUCGCUACAAACGCCAUGGACUUCUACAAGAUAUUCCCUGGAAUGAGCUGCAAUAUGAUCACUUUGGGCGGCCAUUUUCUAGUACCGUUCUUCAGAGAUUUGAUUCUUGGGCUGGGCGCUUGCACAUCGUCAAGAGAAAGUUUGUUGUAUCUGCUGGACAAGAAGAAGCAUAAAGGCAACUGUGUGGCAUUGAUCGUUGGAGGGGCUGCUGAGGCGUUGGACUCCCACCCUGGGGAGUACAGUGUCAUCUUGAGCAGGAGGAAAGGAUUUAUCCGUAUCGCGAUGGCAUCAGGAGCGCCCCUCGUGCCAGUAUUCUCAUUCGGCGAGCCCGACGUUUUCCGGCCAUUGAACAACCCUCAGGACAGCUGGCUGAGAUGGUUCCAGGAAGCGGUACGGCGGUGGACCGGCAUCUCGCCCAUGUUCCCCGUGGGUCGCGGCGUGUUCCAAUAUAACUUCGGGGUGGUGCCGCUCCGUGCGCCCGUUACCACUGUCGUCGGCACCCCCAUGGAGGUUCAAAAGAACCUGGAACCAACCGACGCUGAAGUGGACGCAGUCCACGCGGAGUUCACACAGAGGCUUGUGGAUCUCUUCGAAGCGGAGAAGCACAAGUACUUGAAGAACGCGGAGAAUACACAUCUGGUUAUUACGUAACAGGACUAUUCUAUAAUCCAUCCUUAGAUUAUGCCCGCUGUACUGUACACAUUCGUCGAGAGACAGGCGGAGGAUGAGUAUGGUAUACUUCUCGCUUCUCGUCUCGUCUCGACCUUCUCCGAUUGGGUGAAGUUUAUGAAGAGACUCUCGGCGAGAGGUUCUCGACGAGCGUGUACAGCCGAAUAAGAAGGCAUACGUUAUAGGUACCUACUUGCAAGGUAUAGUUUUUAGGUUUCGCCAAUAUUUUGAAAUUGGGUCGAUCAACUAUUUCGUUUUAAUUUAAAACCCGAUAAGAGAUAAUUCAUCCAAUUAAAUUUCGUAUAAUAAUUUGUCCUGUGGCAUCUAAGGUCAAUAAUAGGUACGUACAAAACCCUUUUCUAACGUGUUGGGUACAGAAAUCAAAUCACAUAGCGUAAGGAAUAGCUCAAUGGUAUUAGAUACUUUAUUCCAUAUGAAUAGACUGAUAAUUUAAAUUAAUAAUAAGUUCUUUAAAAUGGAUUAUAACAAUAGAAUUGUCUGGAAUAUUUUUCGCCCAUUGAUUUCUACUAUUGAAAUUAUCCAGAUUUUGGAUAAUUAAAUUGUUUCAAAUAUUGAUAAUAUAUUUUUGGGCAUAUCUAUUUUAGACUAGCUAUGACAUCAUGCAAUAUAAAAUAUAAUUAUGUUACAAGUGAAAUGUAAGGUACAAAUAUAUUUUCGUAUGCUGUUACAAAA